CAGGGUGGCAAAGAUCUGCGUCAGUGAACGCGGCUUGGCAUCCUUUCUUGUGGGUGUGACUCUCAAGCCGAGUGAAUUUAAAUUGAGGUCCAGACUGACCGGAGAUCACAACUGAGCCAAAAUGAGUUUGACCGACAAAGACAAGGCCACAGUCAAGGCACUGUGGGCCAAAAUCCAGAAGUCCGCAGAUGCCAUCGGGGCUGAUGCUCUGUACAGGCUGUUCACCGUGUAUCCCCAGUCCAAGAUCUACUUCUCCCACUGGUCAGACUUGGGUCCCAACUCCUCCUCCGUGAAGGCCCACGGAAAGAAGGUGAUGGGUGGAGUCGCUCUGGCAGUGUCCAAGAUCGACGACCUCACCAGAGGGCUGCUGGAACUGAGCGAGCAGCAUGCCUUCCAGCUGAGAGUGGACCCGGCCAACUUCAAGCUCCUGUCCCACUGCAUUCUCGUGGUGAUCGCCACGAUGUACCCCCAGGAUUUAAGCCCCGAGGUCCACGUGUGCCUGGAUAAAUUCCUGGCCAACCUGGCUCUGGCUCUCUCCGAGAGAUACCGCUGAGCUGCCAGCAGAGCGGAAUGCGAUCCGCCACAUGUGGCCAUUUUCGAUUUUGUUGAAAAAUGAAAUAAAAUCAACUGCAUGUCGCCAAAAACAGA